CAGCUAAUUAGCAAUUUUUCGUAAUAUUUUUUGGUAAGAGUAGCAUUUUAACAACGAUUAGACAAAAUCAAAAUUCUUGUUUGGUGAAGUUGAGUGAACGUUGUUAACUUCGUAGGGUUAAUUUCCAUAAAUAGUAUUCUGAGGAUUGUACGAACAAAGCUGCUAAGCAUGUUAAAGUUAAAAUUAGAAGCACUGGAACAUCCAUCCCCUGAUAAAUUGGACUACAACGAUAGAAAAGUAUUCGCUAGUACCAUUCUUUGGCUGGAAGAUCAAAAAAUUAGAUCAUAUAAGAUAGAAGAACGCGGAAAUCUUCGCAAAGUAGAUAACCUGACAGUGUGGGAAGGCGCUUAUAUACAAUACAAGAACGAUUUAGGUAUGCCGAAACUAGAGAGCCCUUUAGAGGAACUAACCUGGAUGCUCAGCUACGCUAUACGACUAGAAUUUCUUGAUGCCCCUGAUAAUUUUAAGGAUAUUAAUUCUCAACAGUUUGGACAACAGCAAACUAAAUCAAGAGCACCAAGUAUUAAAAACGAGAAUUUUUUCGAUAAUAUGGAUUUUAAUCAUAAGGAUUUUAUUGCGGGUGUACGUUCUUUAGCUCAAAAACUUAAGGUGCCACAUCAUCCCAAUCAUUUGAUUCAACUGGAGGCCAUUGCAUGCAUUGUCAAAGAACGCUUGUCGUCAAGCGCGAAAGACCGGCAACCAAUUGUGGGCACGCCUUACCCAUUCGAAAGAGGCAACGAUAAAGUUUCUAAUGAUUCAGCUUUAGAUUACCCUGUGCGUAUUCUACGGUUGCUACAAAUUCAAAGUUUACGGGAACUUCAAACUCGAAUCAAUGAAACUAUAGUAGCAAUCCAGAACAUGACUGCUAAUCCUAAAACAGAUACUAAGUUAGGAAAAGUCGGUCGUUAGAUAUAUUCUCAUUAAUUUGUAUAUAUUUAUUACGUACUACUGAUUGAAACGAGAUUAAAGUUUCAAACAAGUAUUU